GUACAUAUGUAUAAGCAGGUACUAUGAUGCAUGUACCUAAGUACUACCUACAUGAAAUAAAUUUUCUUAGUCAUCAAUGCAAUUGAGUCAUUCAUAUCUACAACUAUACUUCAUCUACUUCAUCUAUUCUUCAUAUAUUUUCGCAAAUGGUAGAAUAAUCUCACUUUUCAUUAAUAUUUUUUCAUAUUAGAGAAACUUUCCGGGUAUCAUAAGAUUUAGACAACUCCUCUAAACUAAACGGUCAAUAGCCAUGUCAACAUCGCAACUUUCCAGAUUGCUACCUCUACCUGAUGAUGAGCUGAAGCAAAUUCUGGAUUAUGCCUCCAAACUAUCCAAGUCGGAGGCUGCCGAGCACUUUCGCAACCUGCUCGGAGAGUCACCAGAAGCCGUUGAUUUCAUAGCCACCUUCAAUUCUAGGAGGCAAGAUCCCAAUACAUCUACAGCAACAUCCAACACUUCCUCAUAUAUUGAACCGGUACCCCGAACUGCGAGGGCACCCAAGAAACAAAAGUCCCAACUUCAUACUCCAGCACCUCGCCAAGUCACCAACUCAGGUCCCGUCCCUGGCACAGCCUACAGUAAGGACAGAGAGAAUGAUUACAUUGCAAGACGUUCCAGUCCUAGUACGACACCAGGCGGACCCAAAACUUCUCAAAAAUCCGCUCAGAAAUCCUCUACUCCCCCACCACCAAAGCCGCCUCCCUCUGCUGCUGGCCAUUUAAUUUCGGAUAUUCGAAACCCCAAACCAAAGUCCACGCCUGCCUCUCGUUCUUCCACGCCAGCUCCAAAAGCGAAGGUCCAUAUCUCCGGAGGGGUUGCUAUGCAUGGUGCAUCCACAGCCUUAGCGGAUUUAGACGACGCCAUCCGCGCCCUGGAGAUGACCACCAACCCCACACAAGGGAAUGACGAUGCGGCCAGGAAAUGCAAUUGUGUGGCCGCUCGCCAUCCUCUCCUGGCCGCCGCACCGAACUGCUUGAAUUGCGGCAAGGUUAUAUGCGUAAAGGAAGGACUCGGCCCCUGCACAUUUUGUGGCACUGCCCUUUUAAGUCCAGACGAAGUUCAAUUGAUGAUUCGAGAACUACGUGAGGAGCGAGGCCGGGAGAAGAUGGCAGCUUAUGGAGAAGCUCACAAGAGAGCCGAAGUAUCAAAAAAGCCUGUUCCUUUCUCUAAGCCUAGAGAUGUCUCGGGCGACAAUAGCGAGGCGCAGGCAAAAGCAUUAGAGCACAGAGACCGACUUCUAAGUUUCCAGGCUCAAAAUGCACGACGAACCACAGUUAGAGAUGAGGCAGCUGAUUUCGACACCAGUGGAGCUACGACGGGAACCGGUGGUAAUAUAUGGGCCACACCAGAGGAGAGGGCUCGAGAAUUUAAACGUCAACAAAAGGUCUUGAGAGAGAUGGAAUGGAAUGCUCGGCCAGACUAUGAGAAACGACGACAGGUUGUCAGCAUCGACUUAGUUGGUGGCAAGGUGGUUAGAAAGAUGGCUGCAGUUGAGCGACCGCAGAGCCCUGAAGAUGAUACAGAGGCCCACCCAGUUCUAGAGGAGAUCAGUGCCAACGGUGCUGGAGGGGCUUUCAGUAAUAAUCCCUUGCUGGGUUCGUUAAUCAAACCAGUUUUUAACGUUAAAGGCAAAGGGGCCCAGUUAGAAGCCCGUAAUACCACGGCAACGCGGUGGAGGAGAGUUCAAGACGACCUGGAGAAUAACGAGGCGGUUAUUCUCGACGGUGGAGCGUACGGUGGAAGGCCCAUGCAGAACCUCGAUUCCAAUAUGGAUGAACCUAUUUGCGGUUGAUGAAACCCAGCUACAAAAAGUUAACAAAUAAAAUGCCAAGAAUCCAGACGAAAUUUAGCAAGUUGGUGUUUACAUAUUGGCACGUCUAGGUUGAAUAAAUCUAAGAUCGUAGACCGAAUCUUCAUCGUCAUUUCUCCAUCCUUGUCAAUUGGUAUUCGUGAACCUGAGUACCAUCUCUACGUAGGGACUAAUAGACAACAAUCAGUCUGAAGCACGUACCCUCCUCUCUCAUCCAUAGCCAGACCCAGCAGUCGCCCUGCUUCCGUAGGACGAUUGUGGCGUAACGUUACAGAACAUUCUGAGUAGUAUUAACAUUAGGGAUCCUUCGUCGUAACAGGCAUUAUCAACAGUGUCGUCCGCAUCCGAGGCAUUGCAUCACCACAUAAAAUUCGCAUCAGCGUGCCAAUAACAAGGACUAAGCUGCGGCAGCAGCCUCUUCCGUAGCCGUGCUCUCAGCCGUGCCAUUCGCUUUUGACGCCGAAGCCUCCUCCUUUAGUUGCUUAACUUCUUUUUCAAAGGACUCGGCUUUCUCUACAGCCUCCUUCUUCUCGGCCUCUAAGCGAGCAACCGCACUCUCAGCCUCUUCAAGUUUCGCAUUCAGAUCAGCUUGAGCUUGCUGAUCUUUCUCUUUUCCGGACUCUAGCUCGCCAACCUUUGUUUGAAGUGCUGUCUUCUCCUAGUGUUAUUGUUAGCUAUAACGUAACUGUUGGAGGGGGGAGGGGGGCGAUUCC